UAUUUUAUUCUCAUUCUACGUAUGUUCAAGUUGACCAAAAGAGUGUGGGAGAACAAAUCCCUAAUGCUCAACACCAAAGUACAGGUGUACCGGGCCUGUGUCCUAAGCACCCUCCUCUAUGGGUCUGAGUCCUGGACAACAUAUGCCCAUCAAGAACAUCGACUAAACACAUUCCACCUCCGAUGUCUCGGGUGCAUCCUCAGUAUCAGAUGGCAAGAUCGCAUUCCCAACACCUCAGUCCUCAACUUGGCCAACAUUCCCAGCUUGUACUCUCUACUCAGUCAUAGCUGCCUGAGAUGGCUUGGACACGUGCGCCGCAUACAGGAGGGAAGAAUACCAAAGGAUGUCUUGUACGGCGAGCUGGCGUCAGGCACACGGGCCACUGGUCGCCCAGUCCUGCGCUUCAAAGAUGUCUGUAAACGGGACGUGAAGAACCGCGACAUCAACCCAAAUGACUGGGAGAAAACUGCCGGCGACCGACACAGCUGGCAGCAGGCUGUGAAAACAGGCCUCAGCAGAGGCGAGGAGAAAAUACACACUGCUUGGCAGACCAAGAGUGAGCGACGUAAAGAAAAAGCAAUAGUAGGGGCUGAACAGGCAUGGCAUUGGCUAAAGAAGAGAUUAAAGGAUGUGGAGGUGGUCAGACCUGCUGAUGACUGGUGCCGGGAGUGUCAAGAUUGGCCUCAGUGGAGGAGGCCCGUGAGAAUUGGUCUGAUGGAGCAAAGGCACUCAGCGCAGCUCGGUAAAAAACGACAACAAUCGGACCAGUAUGCAAACAGCAUGGAUUGUACUGGAAGUGUGAUACGGCACCAGAGAACUCAAAGAGGAGAGAAAACCUUCAAGUGCACUGUGUGUGAAAAGGCAUUUGCAUGGUCAUCAUUUCUUCAAAAACACCGGAGAACACACACAGGAGAGAAACCCUUCAGGUGUAGUGUGUGUGGGAAGGCAUAUUCAGAUUCAUCUGUUCUUAACAGACACCAGAGAACACACACAGGAGAGAAACCUUUCAGGUGUAGUGUGUGUGGGAAGGCAUAUUCAGAUUCAUCUGCUUUUAAAAAACACGAGAGAACACACACAAGAGAGAAACCUUUCAAGUGCACUGUGUGUGAGAAGGCAUUUACAGAGUCAUCAGAUCUUCAGAGGCACCAGAGAACACACACAGGAGAGAAACCCUUCAAGUGCACUGUGUGUGCGAAGGCAUUUUCAGAGUCAUCACAUCUUAAAAUACAUCAUAGAACGCACACAGGAGAGAAAGCCUUCAAGUGCACUGUGUGUGAGAAGGCAUUUUCAGAAUCAUCUGCCCUGAAAAUACACCAGAGAAAACACACAGGAGAGAAACCUUUCAGAUGCCUUUUGUGCAAUAAAGCGUUUGCAAAGUCAUCAGUUCUUAAAGAACACCAGACAAUACACACAGGAGAGAAAGCCUUCAAGUGCAGUUUGUGUGAGAAGGCAUUUUCACUGUCGUCAAAUCUUAAGAAACACCAGAGAACACACACAGGAGACAAACCCUUCAAGUGCAGUGUGUGUGAGAAGGCAUUUGCACAGUCACCAUAUCUUCAAAAACACCAGAGAACACACACAGGAGAGAAACCUUUCAGGUGCAACCUUUGCGGGAAGCCCUUUGCAGAGUCAUCACAUCUUAAAGAACACCAGAGAACACACACUGGAGAGAAACCCUUCAAGUGCACUCUGUGCGGGAAGGCGUGCUCACAGUUAGCACAUCUUCAUAGACACCAGAGAACACACAGGCAUCAGAAGAUCCCCAAGGAGUGUAGUCUUAAAUCGACUUGUGAAAGUCAAAGUGCUGCAAUGAGCCCAUCCCUUCUGAAAAAAGAACCAGAAGUAAAUUCAAGCUUGGACACCAUGAAAUGUAUCAAGGUGAAAUUUGAAGAGGCGAAGGUGAAAUGUGAAGAGGUGAUAGUGAAGAGCGAAGACGUGAAGGUAAAAUGUAAAGAUGAAGAUUCAACUCCAAAAUCGGACCUUCACAAUCAUGGAGGCAACGUGAAGCAGGAGGAGAAUUUGAACUGUGAGGCAGAGCGAGGCAACGCCCAGCAGUUUGUGGAAGUGGAGGUAUGGGUGGACUUCCUAGACAAUACAAAUUCAAAUGAAGACACUGUAGAUGUGUAAUCUUGAGACAAUGAAGCUCCAAUAGAUUCACCUUUGUCACAGGCCUUUAAUAAAAAUAACGUCAAGUUAAACACUCCAUUCCUAGGUUUAACCUGCAGAGUAAGAGCGGUCAGUAUUUGCGGACCUGUGGGUUGGGUAGAUCUCUUCCUCGGAGCGAGAGCCAAUAAACUCCCAAGCAUUCACUAUGUUAUAAUAAU